AUGGAGGACGCUACCUGGAAAGAGACCCGACCAGGUCGAUGGGAGCGCGCGCAGACCUACCUCGAGAGGAUCAACAUACUCACCCGCAACGUCCCCAACGCCAUCGGCCGCGACAACUGGGCCAAGAACGCCGUUGCCAAACUCGAAUUCCACCUCGACAUCAAAGACCCCGCUGCCUACCUGCGAACGGCCUGGAAGCAAGUCCGCUACAACCAUCCAGAGAUCGCCGCAUUCCCAUACAACGGUCGAUACAUCUACCGCGUCGGAGACGAGCCCUCCAUCGCCUUGUGGGUUUCGGCGACAUUCUCCGUCGCCGAGGGCAAGACCGUUGAUGAACUGCUGGGACGGAUUCCACGGAACGAACAGAUGAUGUGCUACUUCCUUCCCGACACAUCCGAAGUCAUGAUCUGGUCGCCGCACUACCGCGUCGACGCCCGCGGCGCAAUCUUCUGUCUCAACCACCUCGUCGAGUCUCUGGCCAACAUGAAUCCCAACUUAGUCUUUGGCGGGUGUGCCAAGAACCUGACGCCGAGCAUGGAGUUGACGCUUGGAAUCGGGCACGAGAAGACACCAGAGAUCGAGGCGCAAGCUGAGAGUCGUCUCGCAGCACUAGAGCCCCACAAGCCAGCCCUGGAGCUGACGCCCACGAUGAAAUCGCAGAGACCGGGUUACACCCAGCGACACUUUGUCAAGCUGUCCAAGCGCGACACAAAGACCGUCAUGGACAGUUGCGAGACGCGCGCUCUGGCCAUCGACGUCGCUCUACACGCCGCCCUCAUCAGCUCCGUUGCCAAACUCGCACAAACAAAGGAAGCGCGAAGCUUCAUGGCGUCCUUCCACUCCAACCUCCGCACUCUGAUCCCAGAAGGCGCAGCGCCAGAGAACUCGCCUACAAGCUACACCAGCGUCAUCACCACGGAAGUCAUCGUCUCGCCGGAAACCAACUUUGACUCUUACUACUCGCAACUCGCACCCGUCUACGCCGCGGGCUACGCGCCGUACCUCCCGUCGUCGCCGUUCUUCCACCAGCGCCUCGAAGAGACGCUGUACGUCAAGAAGUGCGAGGCAGAUGGAUCACCGCAACCCCGCUUUGCUUUCCUGGGCGAAGUAGACGAGCAGGUCAGCAAGAACAUCGGCGACGGACUCGUCAAAGUCAGAGACUUUUGGCUGGGCGCCGAGACCCUGACGAUGCGCAUGAUGGUGCACACGUGGAUCUGGGAGGGCCAACUCGUCCUUAGCGUCUGCUUCAACGAGAGCUAUUGGGAUAAGGAGCAGGCGGCGAGUCUGCUCGGUGGCAUGGAGGAUGCGCUGAUGGGGGUUGCACUGAUGAAGUCAUCGAGGGUGGAUAGUGCGGCGGGUUCGAAAACAUCGUUGGUGGAUGUCAAGUUGGCGGAACUGACGAUAUAG